CCGAGUUGGCUCCCGGGAGCGAGCAGGGGAGGGAACCGCAGCCAGCGCCGCGGGGUGGAGGAGUCUGCUCACCGCAGCGGGCAGCCGGGCCCCUCGCUGCGGCAGCGGCUGCCAGGGGCCAGGCGGUGCCAGCCCGCAGGGUGGUGGAGAACUGUAGGGGCGGCCGGAGGCAGAGCUUGCAGGCAGCAUGGCGGGGCUGCGAACCAGGCGGGGCUCCGGGCUCAGGCUGCUUGCGCUGUCUGGGCUUGGAUUCUGCCUGAUGCUGCAAGUCAGUGCCAAGAGGCCCCCCAAAACGCCCCCCUGCCCACCUAGCUGCUCCUGUACCAGGGACACAGCUUUCUGCGUGGACUCUAAGGCAGUGCCCAGGAACCUGCCCGCCGAGGUCAUCUCUCUGACACUGGUGAAUGCUGCCUUCUCGGAGAUCCAGGAUGGAGCAUUUUCCCACCUGCCGCUGCUGCAGUUCCUGUUACUCAACUCCAACAAGUUUACGCUGAUCGGAGACAAUGCCUUCACAGGACUAUCACAUCUGCAGUACCUCUUCAUUGAGAACAAUGACAUCUGGACACUAUCCAAGUUUACUUUCAGAGGACUCAAGUCUUUAACACACCUCUCACUGGCCAACAAUAACCUUCAGACACUGCCUAGAGACAUCUUUCGGCCCCUGGACAUCCUAAGUGACUUGGACCUGCGGGGCAACUCACUCAACUGUGACUGCAAGGUGAAGUGGUUGGUGGAGUGGCUGGCACACACCAACACGACGGUGGCCCCCAUCUAUUGCGCCAGCCCGCCCCGCUUCCAAGAACACAAGGUGCAGGAUUUGCCACUGCGGGAAUUCGACUGCAUCACCACGGAUUUCGUGUUGUACCAGACCCUGCCCUUCCCAGCAGUGUCAGCCGAGCCCUUCCUUUACUCCAGCGACCUCUAUGUGGCUCUGGCCCAGCCAGGUGUCAGCGCUUGCACUGUCCUCAAGUGGGACUAUGUUGAACGGCAGCUUCAAGAUUAUGAUAGAAUCCCAGCCCCCUCAGCCGUGCACUGCAAGCCCAUGGUGGUGGACAGCCAGCUGUACGUGGUGGUGGCCCAGCUGUUUGGUGGUUCUUACAUUUACCACUGGGACCCCAACACCACACGUUUCACCAAGCUACAGGACAUCGACCCACAGCGUGUGCGCAAGCCCAAUGACCUGGAGGCCUUUCGCAUUGACGGCGACUGGUAUUUUGCCGUGGCUGACAGCUCCAAGGCGGGUGCCACCAGCCUCUACCGCUGGCACCAGAAUGGCUUCUACUCCCACCAGGCCCUGCAUGCCUGGCACCGUGAUACCGACCUGGAGUUUGUGGAUGGCGAGGGCAAGCCUCGGCUGAUCGUGUCGAGUAGCUCCCAGGCACCAGUCAUCUAUCAGUGGAGUCGCACCCAGAAGCAGUUUGUGGCCCAGGGUGAGGUCACUCAGGUGCCUGAUGCCCAGGCUGUGAAACACUUCCGUGCUGGACGGGACAGCUACUUGUGCCUCAGCCGCUACAUAGGGGACUCGAAGAUCCUGCGCUGGGAGGGCACCCGCUUCUCUGAGGUGCAGGCCCUGCCCUCCCGGGGCUCCAUGGCCCUGCAGCCUUUCCUUGUGGGUGGCCGCCGCUACCUGGCCCUGGGCAGUGACUUCUCCUUCACCCAGAUUUACCAGUGGGAUGAGGGCCGGCAGAAGUUUGUACGGUUCCAGGAGCUGGCUGUGCAGGCCCCUCGGGCCUUCUGCUACAUGCCUGCUGGGGACGCCCAGCUGCUCCUGGCCCCCAGCUUCAAGGGACAGACGCUUGUGUACCGACAUGUAGUGGUGGACCUCAGUGCCUAGAGGGGUGCCAAGGCCUCUGAAGUGGAGGCAGAGGGGGAGCCUCUGUGUGAGCAGUGUGCGUGCCUAUGUGAACACACAUGUAGCUAACCUCAUGCACACACUUCUGGUGAGCAUCACACAUGAACUGGACUUAGGAGCCACUCAUCAUAGUUGUAAUCAGCAUGAGGACUCAUAUAUGCACCAGGCAACCCAGCAUCCAGGGCCCUUCACCCAUGGACCCCACACCCCAUCUGCAGGCCCCCUCUAUCUGCUGCCUUCCACAAGCUCUGGCCUGGGGAGGGGGAGGGAUGCUGGCGAGGGAGGGUCUUGGGCUGAUCCUCUGACUCUGGUCUCUCCUGUUGGUGCUCCAGGGGUCUGUUUAACCUGCUCAUGCCCCACAUUGCAGCCACAACCACACCCUUCUUACUGUGGGUACACUACCCACGCUCUGCUCCUCCUGCAUGUACACGUGGGAUCCGGCCUACAGCCUCAGUCACACGCACACACGUCUGUCCACACCCCCGUUUCCCCAUGCACACAUGCAGAUUCAGCGCUGCAAAAAGGGGCCCCCCUCCAUUAUCUUGCCUCUCUUCUUGGAGGGUGCACGCAGCACCUUCCUCCCCCGCUCAUCUUUGGUGUGCCCACACUGCUGCUGCUGAGGAUGGGAAUGCUGGUGCCUCUCUCAGCACCAGCUUGACCUUCUGGGGGCAAAACCCCUUUGCCCAAAGCAAUAACAAUAGCUCUAGCAGAUCCUGACUUCUUCCUUCCCAGUGCUGGCUCUUUCUUUUCUCACCAGGAUUUUCUUCUCUGACCCUGUCACCAUGGACAGCAGACUACUCAGACCAAAACAAAAAAAAAACUUUCUGCUUUUCUUUCCUGUAGCUGCUCCAGCCUCAGCCCCUUGCCCCCCUGAGCCCUGGUUCAGCCUUUCCUUUGGGAUAUGGACCCUGAGCUGUGCUGGCUCCAUUAGCUAGGUCCAAGACCCGGCCAGGCCAGGGACUCUGAAAACACUCAAGUUGUCUGGGCGGGUUCCAGGGAUAGAGCUGGGUUGAAAAACAUCUUGGGGGCUCUGGCACCACUGUAGUCCACAGAUGCACACCUCAGGGGCACUGCCUUUCAGGGCAAACUGAGUGGUAGAGGUUUGAGGGCUCUGUGGAGUGGCAUCUGGGAGCCAAGCUUCUUUUACCCUCUGCUGUGUGCCUGGGAUAGAGAGCUAU